AUGUCCGCCGCAGCCGCCGACGCAAAGCCAUACGUUCCCUGGGCGCAGCGAGAAGGGUGGGAAGACUUGCAGCCCGUCGCACAGAACGACGCGCCCAACUGCCUUGUUCCCAUCGCCUACGACGAGAUCUACCGGGAUGCGAUGGACACGUUUCGAGCGAUGGUCGCCAAGCAGGAACGCUCAAAGCGGACGCUCGAGUUGACAAAGGUCCUCAUUCACUACAACCCGGCGCACUACUCUGUCUGGAAAUACCGGGCCGACACACUCUUCGAACUCAAGGCGAACCUGUCUGAAGAGCUCGACCUCCUCGACCAGCUCGUCAAGUACCAUCUCAAGUCGUACCAGGUCUGGCAACACCGGCGAAACAUCGUUCUCGCACUCGACGAUCCAUCCCGCGAGCGCGACUUCACCUCGAAAGCCCUCGCCCUCGACGCCAAGAACUACCACACCUGGGCGUACCGACAAUGGGUCCUCUGCCACUUCUACUCGUCCCGCUCCUUCCCCGACUCGACCUUCCCUUCUCCCGAAAAGGCGGAAGAGGCGCAGAAGGUCUGGGACGGAGAGCUCGAGUAUGUCGAGGAGCUGUUGACGAAGGAUAUUCGGAACAACUCUGCGUGGAACCAUCGGUUCUUCGUUUGCUUCGAGAGCGGGAUGGGCGGAGACUGCGGCGAGCGGGAAGUCAGGUACGCGAAGGAGAAGCUCGCGAUUUCGCCAAACAACCCCUCGGCCUGGAACUACCUGCGAGGCGUCCUCGGCCGACUCAAGCGACCUCUCUCAUCCUGUAGCGCCUUCGUCACGCCUCUCGCCCUCAACACGCCCUCCUCGCUCCCCGAAUCCGAACCCGCCAUCUCGUCCAAAGCCGAGCUACCCGCCUGGCUCGCGAUCGAGUUCCUUGCUGACGCUGCAGCUGAAGAGGCGCACAAGGCGGACGAAGGUAGCGAUGAGCGGAAGAAGAAGGUCGAGGAGGCUUCGGCGCUGUACGGCUCUUUGGUCGAGUACGACCCCAUCCGGCGGCACUACUACGCGCUUCUGCAGAAGGACGUCGUCCGCUUGGCGCCCUCGUCCGCCUCGAAUGACCUCGCCGACCGAGUCGCCGGCAUGUAG